AAAUAUAUAUAAAAAAAAAAAAUAAAAAUAAAAAAAUAACCUGGAUUUAUCUUAUAUUCAGUUUGCUGUUUUGGAAAUAUGUUCAAAGUGAAUAUUUAAUUAUACUUGCCAAAUAUACAUAAUUAAGCAUAAUAUUUCAUAAAUGCAAAGUCGUUGUUUUAGUGUAACGUUAUUGUGACUAACCAACUGGGGAAGUACAGUGACAUCUAUUAGUUACAAUUUUACUUUAUUCACCUGUGGAGUUUUGCCUUCAAUGACUAAAAAGAAUAUUAAGAUAUUAGCAAGAAACGGAUCCUGCCUGGAUCUGACAGUGUGUCUUUAACCCGCUUCUCACUGGCUGAGGCGCUCGAGCCCGCAGAGAAGGGGAACGACCCAUCCAACCAUCUCCUGCUAAAAACACCCCGCCAAACACAACAAUCCAAACGUACAUAGCGCUAAUGACGCGGAGACGAUCGAUUCAAGUCAAUACAUUUCAUUUUAGCUCCUCAAAUGGUCGUGAUCAUCGACUGAAGCGCCGGUUUGCUGGUAAUAUCGUCUUAACGCCAGACUCGCCUCCCCCUCCCAGAUCUGCGCAGCAGCCUCUGUUAGCUCCCUGCUAACCCACCCGACAAGGUUUUCAGACUGCUGGCUUGUAUUAUGUUUUAAUAUUUUUACCUCUUAAAUUGAACAACAUAUUGAUGGAAUAAAACCACUAAAACACAAAUAAUCCACAGUGGCGCACUGACCUGUCAAAACUGUCUCGUUUAUCCCUGCGUCGUUUAAGCUGCUAGCCGUUGUGCCUCCGCCGGUAAAGUGAAACAGAGCAUGCGCACUGGGAGAGGACAUCGUGUGCGAAGCGCAUGUCUCCUUCUCGAUGGAACGAACCGUGUUGCCAUGUCCACUUCUUAUAAUAAAUCCGGUGUUUUUUUACUUUUUUUUCAUAAUGGAGCUUUAAAAAUAUGGAUAAUCGCGGGGUGGACAGAUGUUUUGAGUUUAUGUAGGACAACGAAACGCAUCUCGGCUUGCUUGUGCUUUAUGACCUCUGUAUCAAAUAAAUAUAGUUGAACUGAAUAGCCCACUGAUCGCACCUGUCACAUAUGCUUACUUGCAUAGCCUUAUACAAUUAUUAUUAUUCGAUUUAAACGUUUUUAUUUUUCUUUAGUCCCCUGCCCAAAUUAUCGCAUACGUGCACGAAUUAAAGAGAUAUUAUUUAAAGAGAAGAGAGAGAGAGACAGACGCGUGCUUGUACACAUAGUAGGCUACACAUAGUCUACAAACAUUAUUAUGGUUGACUAUGGUCUUAUCUUUUUUUUCAAGAAGGUGUUUUUUUUCCAGCCAGAUCUGGCAACACUGAUUAACGAGGUUUAGUCUCCUUCGCUGCACUGUAUAAUAUGUUGAAUGUUUCUCUUUUUACAAUACAAGGAUUGCAUAUAGGCUUAAACUAACAGUUUAAACUGAAGAUGUAGGCAAUCUGAAAAAGUCUAAAAUAAAGUAAAAACUACAUUUAAAUGAAGUAUUCUUUAACAUAUAUUACAGAUUUAGUAUAAUACAGAGUUUAAUCAUGUAAAAAAAAUGUAUGACACACAUUUUUGGAAAACUAAGAGUCAUUAAUAAUGGGGAUCUGGCAACCUGAAUAAAAUAAUGCGAUGCGCAAUACUGCUAUGUUGUUUUAUCUCAUGAAUCCUUCAGCGCUGCUGUACAUUAUAGACUUCACAACAGAUAUAGCCCUAUUUAGUUACAAGUCAAAUAAAACUCAUAUCGUCUCAUCCUUUCUGAAAAUAUCCUCCAGGUGUCCUUCACAUGUCGCUAGAGGGCAGCAGAUAAUCUGUCUUGUCUUCUCUCGUAAAGACAGGUAUAAUAGACAGGCCGACUUUUCGUUUGCACUGUCAUUGUGACUGCACCAGUGAUGGUAUCUCUUCAGGUGUUACGUAGUUUGUGCGUGUUUGCUAUCAUUACACCUGUUUAUCAUAGUAGAGUUAUCUGAUCAUGUGGACUGAAGACUUCAACCGUCAAUCACAGUGGCGCACAACCUGAUCCAGGUAAAGCUGCUGGUGGAAGAGGCACUUCAUCCUCCCAUAAUAAGUGGAUUUAAUUAUUCCAGAUAAAACUGAUCAUCUUUUGCAAGACAUUAUACAUUUUAGAGGCCGUAUUUCAGUGAAGUCUGCAAUGUCAGCAUCAGUUGUGACAUACGAACAGCUCAAAGCUAUGCUGGCCAAUCACAGCGUGCAGCUUUUUGAUGUCAGGAAUCCGGAUGAAUUCCAGGCUGGCCGGAUUCCCGAUUCUGUCAACAUUCCUUUGGGACAGCUUGAGGAGUCACUGAAACUCCCACCACUGCAGUUUCAACAGCAAUUUGAGGUGAAAGCCCCUAAAAAGGAAGACAAUGACAUAGUUUUCCAUUGCCGAAGUGGGAAAAGGAGUUUGACUGCUCUUGAAAUCGCUCAUCGUCUGGGAUUCUCUAAGGCACGGCAUUAUGCAGGUGGAUAUAUUGACUGGGAAGAGCAUGAGAAGAAGUAACAGGACUAAUUGAGCCGCAUUUUAAAAUCAAUUUAUAUCUCUGUAACUGGACCUUUAAUCUGGAAAAAGAAAAUUAAAUUAAAUAUUGACAAGUGAAAUCAAAGAAAGUUGCUCAUUUUGCUGUUUACAAAGAUCUGAAUCUGAGAUGUUUACAAAUAUGCUUUAUUAAAAUAUUUUUA